GGGUAGAGUAAGCAGAUCACCUGGACACAAUGAAGUCCUUCUUUGGGUUUUUUCUCUGCUGCCUCUGGUUUCUCCUGCUGGAUAUCUCUGCAAGCUACAAUCUUAAUAAUCCAUCGCCGAUUUUAGCUCAGAGUUAUGCGCAAAGAAGAAAUUAUGGGAAUCCACCAAAUUCCAAACCACCACAGAGGACACUUAACCCAGCAGUGCACACCAGACAUUAUAGGUUUAAUGGGCUCCACUAUCUUCACAAAGACCAGCCAAUGAUGUUGCCACAGUUGGCAGCCUAUCCUGGAGCCACCAGUCCUUCUCCAGCCAAGCGCUAUGACUGGAAAAAAGACUUUUCACUGUUAGACAAAAAGGCAAAGCAGCAGCUGAAAGGUGAAUGGGCACCAGUAGUUUGUCGCAAGGCACCCGCUCCUGAAGAAUCACCUGCAGGUUCUCAACAACACGUUAAAGGACAACCACUUGCAGUUCAAGGACAAUCACUUUCAAGUCCAGAAGAUUCACAUGCAGUUUCGAAACAAUUAAGGAUUGAUUCAGAACAACCAAGGGUAGUUCAAGAACAAUCACUUGUAGUUCCAGAAGAAACGAUGAUUUAUUCAAAACCAUUAAAGGCAGAUACAGAACAAUCACAUAUAGUUCUAGAACAAUCAAAUGUAGGUUUAGACCAAUCAAGGGUAGAUUCAGAACAAACAAGAAUAGUUCUAGAACAAUCACAUGCAAUUCCAGACAAAACAAGGGUUGAUCAGGAACAAUUUUCAGAACAACCAAGGGUAGUUAUUGAACAAUCAAGUGUAAUUCCGCAAGAAACAAGGGUAGAUCUAGACAAAUCAAUGGUAUUUAUAGAACAAUCACAUGUAGAUCUAGAAGAAACAAGUGUUGACCCAGAACAGUUUGGAAGAGAUGGAAAACAAACACAUGUGUUUUCAGAACAAUCAAGGGUUGAUCCACAACAACCAAGAGUAGUUUCAGAACAAUCACAUGUUGUUCCAGAAGAAUCAUGGGUAGAUUCAGAGCAACCAACAGGUGUUCCAGAACAUCCCAGGGUAGAUCCAGAACAAUCCCAUGUACUUCCAGAACAUUCUAGAGUAGAUCCAGCACAAUCAUUCGGAGUUACAGAUCAUUCCAGGGUAGAUCCAGAAGAAUCACAUGAAGUUCCAGAACUGUCAUUUACGGAUCCAGAGAAAUCUUUUGUAAUUCAGUCACCUGUAGAUCCAGAACAAUCACGAGCAGGUCAAGUACACUCACAGGCAACACCAGAACAAUCAUUUACUGAACAACCAGUAGUGGUAACUACAGCACCAGUGACAACAUCUUCCCCUGUUUACCCUCGGACCUGGGUAAGCUCAACAAUGCUGCCAAAUCUCUGGCAGCCAAAACCAACUCUGACACCAGAACUGUACCCAGAAGCCACCUCAGCCCAGUCUUUACCAGCGUCCACACUGUCACCACAGCCGUAUCCUCACAUGCCCUCAGUCCAGCCACAAGCUCCAGGUGGAGCACAAGCUUCUGAUUCCCAGUGCAGGAGCCGCCCACUGGAUCUCGUGUUUAUCAUUGACAGUUCUCGCAGCGUGCGACCAGGUGAGUUUGAGAAGGUCAAGGUGUUCCUGUCGAACAUGGUGGACACACUGGACAUUGGUACAGAUGCCACCCGGGUUGCUGUGGUGAACUACGCCAGCACUGUCAAAAUCGAGUUCUUCCUCAAGGACCACCUCAAGAAGGACAGCAUAAAGCAAGCCAUCAGCCUCAUCGAGCCCCUGGCCGCUGGCACCAUGACCGGCCUGGCCAUUAAGAAGGCCACGGAUGAAGCCUUCACUGAGAAAUCAGGAGCGCGGCCCAAGUCCAAGAAGAUCUCAAAGGUGGCCAUCAUUGUCACAGAUGGGCGUCCUCAGGACCAGGUGGAGGAGGUGUCUGCUGCAGCUCGGGCCGCAGGAAUCGAGAUCUACGCUGUGGGAGUGGAUCGGGCUGACAUAGUCUCGCUGAAGCUCAUGGCCAGCAACCCCCUGGAAGACCACGUCUUCUAUGUAGAAACCUACGGAGUCAUCGAGAAGCUCACCUCCAAGUUCCGGGAGACUUUGUGCGGUGUAGACUCCUGUGAAUUGGGGCAUAGCUGUCAGCACAUCUGUGUUGGAAACGGUACCUUCUAUUACUGCGUGUGUCGGCGUGGUUACGUCUUGAACGAAGACAAAAGAACAUGUUCUAUUGCCAAUGGUGGUGUGGGAAACAGAGGAACCGGCAGUCAGCAAUUUACAAACAACAAUGGCCACAACGAUGGUGAAAGCAGUGCCAGUGCGGAUGCCUGUGCUCUGGGUAAUGACUGUCAGCACACUUGUGUGGGCAGCGGCUCCUCCUAUUACUGCACAUGUCCCCCUGGCUUUGUCCUGAUGGAGGAUAAGAGAUCAUGUUUCAAGGCCAAUGAUGAUGAUGAAGGGGGUGACACUAGUGCCAGUUCGGACCAGUGUGCGAUGGGGCACGACUGUGAGCACAUUUGCAUCAGCACUGAUGGCUCCUAUCGCUGCAAAUGCCGGAUGGGCUUUAUCUUGAAUGAAGACAAGAAAACAUGUUCACGUUCGGACCAGUGUGCGAUGGGGCACGACUGUGAGCACAUUUGUAUCAGCAGUAAUGGCUCCUAUCACUGCAAAUGCCGGAUGGGUUUUGUCUUGAAUGGAGACAAGAAAACAUGUUCAAAGGUAAAAGUGGAGAUAGUGCAAGAUCCAUGUCUGUGUGAAGCCAGACUGGCCUUCCAGAGGCAGACACAAACCUCUAUCCAGAACAUCAAUUCCAAACUAGCUGAUGUCACCAGAAAAGUCGAGCAAAUGGAAAGAAUGCUGGCUCGCAUGUAACAGACCAUGCUUUGGUCAUCCUGACAUUGUGAAGCUUCAGCUACCUGCUCUGCUCUAUGGACCACUGAAGCGGAGGUAAACUCGCCAUUGCUCCUCUGUUUCAUCAAAUCAGCAUGACAGACAACCCAGAAGAAGAAGAAGUUUCAAGAACUGAUACUCCUCCUUACCCAAAAAAGACAAACAAGAGAAAAACAUGUACAAGAAUACAAAUACACCUAUCUGUGUUUUGUUUAAUCCACUAAGAGUCUGAGGGCAACAUGGAAGAAAGGUUAAUCAAAUCAUUGUUUUGUUUUUAUUUUAAGCUAUGGCUGCACAUAGAAUUUCAGCAUUUUUUUUUUGCAAAUGUACGUAUUAUUCUGCACAAAAUUCACAUCACAGACAUGCAAUGUCAAAUUACAAAAAAAAAAAAAAAAUUAAGCUGCUUGAUACAAUAGGGAAAUUCUCAUUUCUGUGGCAUAUUUAUCAGACAGAUUAUAUCUACCAUAACAAUAUGUAUUUUUCUCACUGACUUUUGGUAAAUACUGGUGAAAUAUAUUUUUAAAAAUCAUUUUAAUUUCUGUUUUAAUAUGGGAAUCUUUAUUGUAGCCAAAAGUGACAUUGCUAUGUCAGUUUUUUCCAAUAUUGUGCAGCCUUUUUUUAAGUUUACCACACAAAUCUAAAUCUAAAGUGAUUGUAGAGAAUGGCAACAAUCACAAUAUAUAAAAGGUACAGUUUUAGAGGCUAAUACAAUCUCCAAUACGUGUGAGGCUGUCUGGUCUUUUAGAAAAUAUUUAACAAAUGCAAUAAAUAAGCAAACUCAUAUAAAGUACCCUAUAUAUACACAAUAUAAACAUUAUUUUAUUAUUAUUAUUAUUAUUGUUUCAUUUAGUUAUGAAUAUGCUUUAAUAUAUUUGUAUCUUUUGCUGCAUGUUUUACACUUAUUUAUCACUCUUUUUGUGGAAUAGUAUUUUAUAGAUGAUUGUAAGUUAACUUAAUAGGAUUUUUUGAAAUUUUAGAGUCUAUGGAGUGAGCAUUAUAUGCUGUAAUAUCUAUUAUUUACCUGUUGAUAAAAACUGAAGAGACAAUAAAAUAAUCAUAUUCAGCAUA